AGCAGAGCAAGUAGAAGCCCGCUCUGCCUUUCUUUCUCAGAUGGUCCGUAUGUGGUCGAGGAUGCUUUAUAUGAAUAUCGUGGGUGCUUUGUCUGCAUAUCCUUAUUUUAUGAUGCCUCUUGCUCGCUGUGGACAUAAGGAUCGACGUGUGCCGAGAUAGUGACAGUUAGCGUCUUGGUAUUGAAUCACUCUCCCUCUUCUCUCCUAGAGAUUGUCAAAUGCAGUUCACAUUUCAUUUGUUUCCCUCUCGACUUUGGAUCUUAGCACCCCAAAAGUCUGUCUGUACAAACGAUCUCUAGCAACCCCGUUCAGCAAAAACCAGCCUUGGGAAGAUUGAAAGUCCCCAAGGUUGGAGAGAGAUCGAGGAUUGUUUAGGAAGAAAAUUAUUUUACUUACUCUAGCCUUCUCCUCCACCUUCUCCUCGCCGUCCUCCUCAGUGGGAAUACGAUGUGUUCGUGAGUUUUCGAGGCAAGGAUCUGAGAAGAAACUUCACGUUGCACGUCUUCUCCGCUUUCAGGCAGGCCUCGAUCCAAUGCUUCAGAGACAACGCGAAUGAAGAAAUUGGCGAAGAAAUCAAAUCUAAGCUUUUCAAAGCGAUUUGGCAUGCGAGGAUUGCCCUCGUCGUGUUCCCCAGGAACUACGCCAACUUGAAGUGAUGCAUGGACGAACUGGUCGAAAUUCUCGAGUGCAGGAAAGAGGUUCGGAGACCACGGUCACCUAGUUAUUCCCAUCUUCCGUGAGGUAAAAGCCGGAGACAUUUCGAAGUUGACGAGCGGAAGCGAAUUCGCUCGAGGUUUUGGGAGAUUGUGUGGAAACUAGAGAGAUGACGGUCAUAUAGAGACGGAGAAAUGCCCGAAGAAAGAAUAAGCAUUUGUCAAGGUUCGACUUGAGGGACAAUGCCGGAGAGGAGGAAGCGAGACAAGUGGACAUAAUAAAGUACCCUGCCGUGAAAAUCAACAAUCCACGGCAACUCUGCUCUGAAAUUGGAGUGGAAUUGUUAGUAGGCGAGGUGAUUUCUUCAAUUAGAACGGGCCAAGAGGAGGAUGUGCGCGUCAUAUGUUUAUGUGGAGUAGAAGGAAUAGGUAAGACGGCGGCGGCCACAGUCAUCUUUGAGCGCAUUCGCCGCGAUUUCGAGUGCGUUGUCUUUCUAAAUGAAAUUGGAGAAGCAGAUCAAGUAAGUAUAUUAGGCCUCCAAAAGGAGCUGCUCAGUAAUCUCAUACAGGUAGAAGGAUGGGAGAUGAACGACGACAUUCAGACCGACAUCAACAAGAUAAACAGUAUAAACAGUAACGACGACAUUCAGACCAACAUCAACAAGAUAAACAGUAACAUGUGCCGUAAAAGGAUAUUUCUUGUUCUUGAUAAUGUUACCAGUAAAGAACAGAUUGACUACUUCGGGGCAGGAAAGCGAGAUCUGCUGUGUUGCGGGAGCAGAAUUUUGAUCACAACCAGAAGCCAAAACUUACCAAAAGAUCUUGAUGUUGAUGACAAGUAUAUCGUCAAAGGAUUGGACCAGAAUGAAGCGCUCCAGCUCUUUUGUCGCCAUGCCUUGAAGAGAGAAGAACCUCAAGUAGGCUAUGAGGAGUUAUCUCGAAGUCUAGCUCAUUAUGCAGGAGGUAAUCCAUCGUCUCUUAAAAGGUUGGGCUCAUACCUACACGGCAAGUCGGAACAUCAAUGGCAUCAGACAUUAGAGAAGUUGGUCAAAUGCCCUUAUCUCGAUUCGCUCUUUCGUUCCUUCUGGUCGGUAGGGCCAUAUGGAGGUCAAGGCGAUGAUGCAUUUGAUGAUGGGGCACACACUGGUGUGAGGCAAAUUAGGCUCUAUGGACAGUCAAUUAUUGAGUCCAUGACCAUCGAUUAUGACCAGAACGGGUCUUUGGUGAGAUCACAUCAGCACGGUAGACAUGUCCAUGGCAUUGAAAGGCUGGUGAGAUUGGGUCAUCCAAUCGAAUACCUAAUAUCUAUAUCAGGUCAUAUUGAUGAUUUUGAAGGUCGUGAGGUUGUUCGGUCUCUCAAGAUCCACAGCAACAAGAAGACGUACGGACCAUAUGGUUCUGAAAGAGGACGGCCUUUUGAUAUCUCAAGUAUUGGUGGACGGAUUAUCGGGUUUCAUGGGACAUGUAGCAGCCAUCUCAACUCAAUUGGAGCCCAUUUCGGGCCAAUUUCUCACGAGUACCCAUUUGAUGUCGUAGGACCAUUUGGUGGUGAUAGUGGUAUGAACAUUUGGGAUGACGGAAAACACACGGAUGUGAGGGAAAUCACUAUAGGCUUUGAUUCGGUAGUUAAGUCCAUCUCCAUCUUAUAUGAUGAACACGGACAUCCAGUUGGUCCGUUUACACAUGGCACAAGUGGAGGAGGCAAAAAAUAUAGGAUUAAGCUCGAUCCAAGUGAGUACUUGAAAUCCAUCUCGGGCUACACCAACAAAGAUUUUGGACGCACCAUUCUUCAAUCAUUAACAAUCCAUACUAGUAGAAGGGAUCAUGGACCGAUCGGAAUAGAUAAUAAUGGGAGGCAUUUUUCAUUUCCAUACACCGGCGGCAAAAUUGUCGGGUUUCAUGGGAGUUGCAAUGGCCCUCAUCUGGAGUCUAUUGGAGCUUUUAUGAGCCGAUUGCUCAUACAUAUCCUGUUAAGGUUUACGGGCCUUUUGAGGCGAAGGCGAAAAAUCCCGGGAUUUUGUUGAUUUAAAGGGGAUUAAUGUUCACUACGCAGACUUCAUC